AUGAAGAUGAUGAUGGUGAUUCAGUGUGCCGCGUCAAUAUCAUCUAUCCAUGAACCCCAUCAUCUGACCGCUCCUUUUUCUCUUCCACAAACUCCAUUCAAUCUGAUAUCUGCAACUUCUUCAUCGUCCUCGGCAAAGUCAUCGCCAACGACAAGAAGAGCUCUACUGUCUCUCUCUACUGUCUCCACAGCGUUGGGUGUAUUGGCUUUUUGUCGGAAUCAUAGUUGUUGGUCAAAAGCCGCCAUUUCUGAGUUCUUUGAGCUCCAAAAUUCGGGGGGAGUCAAAGCGUUGGACCUUCGCAUUGGUGAGGGAGAAGUCCCCGUCGAUGGCAACCAGACCCUUGUUAGCGAUGAUAGACUAACGGAGCUAAUGGAACCAAAUAAAAGAUCAAAAUGCGCUCCAUAA